AUGGAUGAAAAAGGAGUUCUGAAGCUGGACACGUUUCACACACGUUUCUCCAGCUACCACGACCUGCCUUUCAGGAGUCUCCUUGGACCUCUCUGCUGGGGAGGCAGCUACGACCAUGCCCAUGUAAACAAGGAAUCCGGGCGGAGCCAAGGCGGCGCGGCGGCGGGGCCGGCGGGAACUACAUCUCCCAGCGGCACGCCCCGCCCCGCCCUUCCCCGCCCCGCCCCUGGCGGCCGUCGGCGGGGCUCGCCGGGCGCCGUGAGUCAGUGCCCAGUAAACAUUGGCGUGAGCCGCGCCGGCUCCGCCAUGGUGGCGGUGCCGUGAGGGAGGGGGGGCGGCGCGGCGGGCUGGGCGCGGCGGCGGCGGCGGCGGGGGGCCGGGGCCAUGGACGAGCUCAAGCACCAGGUGAUGAUCAACCAGUUCGUGCUGGCGGCCGGCUGCGCCGCCGACCAGGCCAAGCAGCUGCUGCAGGCGGCCCACUGGCAGUUCGAGACUGCUCUCAGUGCUUUUUUCCAAGAAACAAACAUCCCCUACAGCCACCACCAUCAGAUGAUGUGCACUCCCGCCAACACGCCAGCCACGCCGCCCAACUUCCCUGACGCCCUCACCAUGUUCUCCCGCCUCAAGGCCUCCGAGAGCUUCAACAGCAGCAGCCCCGUGGCCUCCAUGGCGACUUCCCCGCCGCCCCCGGCCCCGCCGCUGCCCCAGCAGGCCUUCAACCCCGCCUGGCCCGCGGCUUCGCCCCCCGGCCAGCAGCAGAACAUGUGGACUCCGGCCCCCCCGGCGCAGCCCGCGGGCUGGCCAGCCGCCGUCUCCCAGCAGGCCACGGCAGAACAGAAGGCCAACGUGACCAUGGAGGCAGAGAGAUGAGGCCGUGGCGGAGAGCAAACGCGGCGGGGACCCCUGCGUAUAAAUAUAUAUAUAUAUUUUUUUUUCCCCCUCCCCAAAGAGGAGAGGAACUCUGCUGCCAGGGCGUCUGGCAGCCGCCAAGACACACGAGCAAAUAGCUGCCUUGCAUGGGUUUGGUUUGAAGUAGUUUUUACUUGUCCUCGAGCUGAACGGAGCUCCCCAGAGACAGCGGGAGGCUGCGUGGGACGCGGGACCGGUGCUGGGCUCUGCCUGGGACCCCGCCACUGCUGGGCUCUCGGGGAGGGAGCAGCCCCUCCUCUCUUGGGACACCGGAGUUUGCAUGCGAGUGACAUUUAUGGAGGAGGUCCCUUCUUCACGGUCCCCUGGGCCACCCCACCAGGCAGAGUGGGUUGUGCCUAAGUGUUUCCCCCCCUCCCUCGGCCCCACUCAACCGGGUGGGAGGCUGACACCCCACAUGGCUUGGUUUUUGUAAGGGGGAGGAGAGAGCAAGGGCUGUUCCUGGUCGGCCACAGCCUCCACCCCGCAUGCGCCGUGCUUGCUGGUGAGCAGGGCUGGGGGACACCGGCUCCCAGGGAGGUGCCUGGCCCCUCGCUCACCCCGGUGAUGGGGAGCAGGGGGUGAGCCAUAGGUGGCCCGGCUGGGCCAGCACACCCUCACCCUGCUGGGAUGGGGUUUGCCCUGGGGCUGUUUGCAUGACACAGUGUAACCCUAGAGACUGGGAUCGUUUUUAACCCCUCUGUUCUUUUUCUCCUGGCGGCUGGAAGUCUGUCUGGACACGCCGCAGCCGCUUGCAAUACAUGCU